AUGAAGAUGGUGCUUAAGGUGCCGAUGGUCUGCAAGAAGUGCAAGUCUUGCGUCCUUACGAUUGUGUCCAAGGUCAAAGGGGUCAAGUCGAUGGCAUACGACGAGGAGAAGAGCACGCUGACGGUGGUGGGGGAUGUGGACGUGGUGGUGGUCGUCGACGCGCUGCGCAAGGGGAAGCACCCGGCGACGGUGGUGACGGUGGGCGACGAGAAGAAGGAGGCGGAGGAGAAGAAGAAGAAGGAGGAAGAGGAGAAGAAGAAGAAGGAGGCCGAGGAGAAGAAGAAAAAGGAAUGCAUGCAGAAGCACUGCCUCAAGGCUUGCUCGCCGCCACUCUACUGCCCCAAGGCUUGCUCGCCGCCACGCCACUGCCCGCCGCCACCCCACUGCCCGCCGCAAUCCUACUGCUACGUCGACGACUCCGGCCCCUGCACCAUCAUGUGA